UGUGACUCGUGCCGAAAGAGGAAGCUGAAAUGUUCCAAAGACCUCCCCAAGUGCUCCAAGUGUCAGCAACACAACUGGGAGUGUAACUACUCGCCAAGGGUAGUUAGAAGUCCGCUAACGAGAAUCCAUUUGACAAAAGUGGAGAAUAGGGUGCGUGGUUUGGAAGCUAUCAUACACGAGCUGCUGCCAGAAGUGGAUAUCGACAAACUUCUGAGCCGUCAGGUUGCAAGGAUUUCCACGCCAAGGCAACAGACCUCCGAGCCUCAAUCACCAGUGACACAGCAGCCUUUGAAACGUACACAGAGCUCAGAAUACCCUGAGAUACCAGAGGAUGACGUUCCGGAUGAUGCAAUCUAUGGGUUUGACUGGAACGAAGAAGAUAUCGAUGCCUUAAAUGACGGAAUGGCUGCUUUAAGUGUUGACCCCUCUAAUAAGGGCUAUUUCGGCGUUGCGUCAAGUGCAGUUAUUGUUCGAGCUCUACGGAAGCCUUCACAGGAUAGAGAUAUGGAUGAAUCCGUGUAUACUAAUGCAUCUGACUCGAGAAGUAACUCAAAGACUUUGCCAGAUUUGGAUUCGACUGUGUCAUUGACUGCAAAGUACCUAACAAACGAGUUCAUUGACUCAUAUUUUGAAAACUACCACAGCUCUUACCCAUUCAUACACAAGGAGACAUUUUUGGCUCAGUAUAGGGAUGAAAUCCCAAUUCCAAAUAAUGACAUUUGGCAAAUACUAUUGAAUGCCGUGCUGGCAUUGGGUGCCUGGUGUUUGCACGGUGAAUCUUCAAAUUUUGAUCUUCACUACUACCAAAAUGCGAAAUCAUAUCUAUCUUCCUACGUGUUUGAAUCUGGAAGCAUACCGCUAUUACUGGCUUUGACGCUGUUGAGUAACUAUGCUCAAAAGAGAAAUAAACCGAAUACUGGUUGGAAUUAUUUAGGUUUGGCUGUGAGAAUGGCAAUGGGUCUUGGAUUGUACAAGGAGUUUGCAAACUGGUCUAGUUCUAAACAACAAUUACAAUUGGAGAUGAGAAGAAGAAUCUGGUGGGGUUUGUACAUAUUUGAUGGAGGUGCAGCAAUCACGUUUGGAAGACCAGUAAAUUUACCAGAUGCGCAGAUGAUGGACAUCAACGAAGUUUCAAAUAUUGAUGAUGACGAUCAAAUCAUGAUGGGAAGUAAUAACAAGGAAUUAAGAGUGGUUGAAUAUCCAACGAUAUAUUCAGGACUGAUAUGGCAAGCAAGAUUCACAAUCAUCUCAACAGAAAUUUACAACAGACUCAUAUCAACACCAAGACCUGGAACCCACGAAUGCCUUGCAAUGAAUGAUCGUAUAACCAAAUUUGUCUCUGAGCUGCCAAAAUACUUUUCUGAAGAUAAAUCCAUAGCUGAAUCGGCUUCUCAAAUACCUGGUGAAAAUGGAGUUCCCGAAUGGCUGGCAUUCACAAGAUACAGAUUGAUCUGGAGAUACAAGAAUUUACAGCUGAUCCUGAUGAGAGCGUUUGUAUUACAACGUGUUGUUGGUGUUCAAAAUCCUGCCAUGCUGGAAUUGGCCAAAUCUCCUGAAGGUAAGCAGUGCCGUGUCAUAUGUAUGGAUGUGACUCACGAAACCAUCCUGUCUGUGGCUGAAUUUGUCGAGAAUCAUAAAGUCACCGUCAUUACUAGUUGGUAUGCAACGUUCUUCUUGUUUCAUGCCUCUCUGGUCUCUGUGGUCUGCCUCCGUUCUGAUCCAAAGUCUAAGCAUGCCGUUGGUUGGAAAUCGGACAUCAUUCUGGCAAAACAAGUUCUGAGAUGUCUUGCAAGGGAUAACUCAUUAGCAAAUAAGUUCAUUACGGUCAUUGAUAGCAUGUGU